AUGGAUGCCCGGAUAACGAAUGAAGUUUAUUUAGGAAUAGGUUAUCAAAAUUUGCGCACCUGGUUUACUCAACUUGGCACUCACAUCAACAAUACGAUAAAAUCUUUUGUACCCGAAAAUAUUCUCAAUGAUUCCCGAGUUGUAUCCGCUUUCGAUGAUUUGGAUGAAAUUGUAAAUUCAAAAAUACGUGAUGUCAGACUUCAUCCGGAGAUUGAAUGGGAUGCUAGUGUGAGGAGAUCUAAUGAACUUUGUGAUGAAGAAAAACAAUUCGUUCGUGAUAGAAAGAAUCACAUUCGUGAAUCUUUUGCUAAAUAUAUCGGUGUUGAUGUAAGUGAGGUUCAUCCUGAUGAUAUUCCAACCAUCGGAUUUAUGGGAAGUGGUGGUGGAUUUAGAGCAAUGAUAGUUGUCACUGCUUAUUUUGCCGCUAUGAAAGAUUGUGGUCUAUAUGAAUGUGGCACUUACGUUUCGGGUCUUAGUGGUAGUUGUUGGAAUUUGGCUCAAUUAUAUACCUCAAUUGCUCGUAAUAACCCCCAAAACCACCCUCUUGAUGAACUAUUGAAUUUUUAUAAAACAAAACUUACUCAUAGUAUCACUAAUAUUCGCGGAGUUUUUAAAGAACUCGCUCAUAGUGGUAAUCCCAAAACCGCUGUUGAGCUUGCCUUUGGUGGUUUACACCAAAAAAAACUGGGUGGUGCCCCAGCAAACAUUAUGGAUCUCUAUGGUGCAUUAUUGGGCAAAGAAAAUAUAUUGAUGGUGGAAAAGAUCUUUUACCGAUUCAUUGCUUAUCAUGUUCGUCCAUGGAAAGAUGGUCUUGAUGCAAAAGAAGCUGCUUUGGUUGAUAAUUAUGCACAAGUCUGGGAAGAAUACCAGAAACUGGACGAUCAUUAUCAAUGGUAUGAAGCUACUCCUUAUGAAUUUGGAACUGAAGAAAUUCCUGCAUACAUUCCUACAUGGGCAUUUGGUCGAAAGUUUGAACAUGGUAAAGAUGUUAACCGUGUACCCGAACAAAAUAUUGGUUUAAUGAUUGGUGGUUGGGCAAAGAAGGAAUUUAAACGUUUAUAUGAUGAUGCAAUGGAAAAAAUGGGUGAACAAAAACAACGUAUUUUUGAAGGUCAUCAGCCUGUACCAUCUCCAGAAAAUAACAAUUUCACUUAUCGUCUUGAUCAUCCACCAUAUAAACUUGGUAUUACUAAUUCUCCAUACCUAAAACUUAUGGAUGCUGGAGUAUCAAAUGAUUCACCAGUUUACCCGAUGUCUCGUCCUGCAAGAAAAAUUGAAAUUGUUAUUGGUUUUGAUUGUUCAAGUGUAAUUGUUGGUCGUGAAUUAUUUGAAAAAGAACAAAAAGAAUUUUGUGCAAUUAGAGGAUUUGAACGUAAUGCUCGUGAUACUACUAACAAAUAUUGUGAAAUUCAUGAUUAUACACCAAAUGGUAAAACUAAUAAUUAUUGUCCACCUGCUGAACAUCCAUUUACUUUAUGUUAUUUCCCAUAUUUACCUAAUGAUAAAGUUGAUCCAAAGUUUGUACCAGCUACUGAAAAAUUCAUGGCGUUUAAUAAUUUCGUUUAUACUACUGAACAAGUUGAUAAAACUGUUCAAUUAGCUAGACAAAAUUGGGAUGAUGGUCAUCAAAAAGUUAAAGAUGUUAUUAUUGAUGUAUGGAAAAAGAAGAAAGCUGCUAGAUUGAGUGGUGGAAAAAAAUAA